AUGGAAACAUCGAGCGAAGCCACAGAGGCCAUAAGCGAAGCGACGAAAUCUUCGAGCUCAGCCACGCGGCUGUCCAUCACAGAGAGACGAUUGGUGGUUGUAGCACGGGUCAUGCACGAAAGGGAACUAGGGCCGGAGGCUGAUACCAAUGAUAGCACCAGGAUCCAUAAGGCUCAAAACCUUAACCUGCUUGCAAGAUUAGAAAUGGCAAUGGAAGAGAAGGGAAAAAAUAGCAGAAAUUCCUUUGUAAAAUUAUUGGUUCCUAACAGUUCUAGCCAUUUGGUCAAGGUUUUUGUUCACCUGCCACUUGUUCGAAGGAUCACAAUUCAGAAUGACUUUUUACAGUAUUUGGAUGAAGGUGCCUCUCCAGAAAAGCUUUCCAGACCAUGUCUAUGUCUGAAUUUUAUUUCCAUAACCGUUAGCUUCUGUUAUGCGGAUGAAGUCUUAACUGCUCUAUGUCUUCUAGGAAGCGCCCCUGCUCUUCAAGUACUAAAAAUUCAGGCCAGUGUAUAUGGCGAGGACUCUGAGCAAGUAGUGAACUCUUGGUAUGAUGACAACCAGAACUGCCAAUUCAGCCAACUGCGACUUGUGACAAUAACCAAUGUUUCUGGUUUCAAAGCUGAACUAGAUAUCAUCAGAUUUCUGCUUUCAUGUUCACCUGUUCUUGAGAGGAUGACUGUUGAGCCUGCUUCUGACGUUGUUUCUUCAAAACUCUUAAAAGAGUUGGUCCAGUUUAGGCGUGCCUCACCCCGUGCCGAGAUAAUCUACUUGGGGACUCUCGAGUGA